AUGUUCUUGGGUAGCAAUUCUGCCACUCCUGAUGUAAAUUCUUCUGAACUAGCCACCCAAGUUUGCAAAAACACUACAAAUUUCAGUUUCUGCCAAGCUGCAGUUUACUCCGAUACACGAGCCCCGAAAGCCGACAGGUAUCUUCUUUCGUAUAUAGUGUUCGGGCUGGCAUAUAAAAAUGCUACAAAUACCAGUGAUUACAUUGACAUUUCACUUGAGUCCAUGGAAGGGCAUGCCAAGGAUGACAUUAUAGAAGCUAUGCAGAAAUGUCAGGGAGAUUAUAAGGAAGCCAUUCAGGCACUUUCUGAAGCAUUGAAUGAUUUGGAUUCUGAAACUUUUGAGGGAUUGGAUAAACUGGCGCUUGAUGUUGAGAAUUCGGCCCGCGAUUGUGAAGCCGGUUUCAAUGGAAACUCUCCUAUAUCAGAGAAGAAUCGAAACCUGAUACAGCUUUCAAACAUCUGUUCUGUAGUCUCUGAACUUUUUUCGUAUUCUUGA